AUGAAACUCUUCACUAUCUCCGUGAUGACCAUUAUGGUCAUCUCGAUAGUAUCUGUCCAAGUACCAUCCACUACUGAAGCAAGAACGUUGGAGAUAGCAGACAACCAAAAACAUUUCAAAGUCACAUCUUUGAAUAACUUUGUGUCUACAGUACCAGCUGGAGACAAUCUUGAUGGGAAUAAGAAAGGUAUUGUCAAUGUUCAAGAAAAAAUAUCUAAAACUAUUGAUGAUUUUGCGCCUACAGAUCCAAGGAACAGUCCUGGUAUAGGACAUCCGAACAUGGGUGUACAUACACCACGACUCAGUGAUGACUUCAAAGUAGUAAAGGUAUUGAAGAAAAAUGAUGAAUCGACAAAUAAUUUUGCGCCAACUGAUCCAGGAAACAGUCCUGGUAUAGGACAUCCACCACGACUCAGUGAGGACUUCAAAGGAGUAAAGGUAUUGAAGAAAAAUGAUGAAUCGACAAAUGAUUUUGCGCCAACUGAUCCAGGAAACAGUCCUGGUAUAGGACAUCCACCACGACUCAGUGAUGACUUCAAAGUAGUAAUGGUAUUGAAGAAAAAUGAUGAAUCGACAAAUGAUUUUGCGCCAACUGAUCCAGGAAACAGUCCUGGUAUAGGACAUCCACCAAGACUCAGUGAUGACUUCAAAGUAGUAAAGGUAUUGAAGAAAAAUGAUGAAUCGACAAAUGAUUUUGCGCCAACUGAUCCAGGAAACAGUCCUGGUAUAGGACAUCCACCACGACUCAGUGAGGACUUCAAAGUAGUAAAGGUAUUGAAGAAAAAUGAUGAAUCGACAAAUGAUUUUGAGCCAACUGAUCCAGGAAACAGUCCUGGUAUAGGACAUCCACCACGACUCAGUGAUGACUUCAAAGUAGUAAAGGUAUUGAAGAAAAAUGAUGAAUCGACAAAUGAUUUUGCGCCAACUGAUCCAGGAAACAGUCCUGGGAUAGGACAUCCACCACGACUCAGUGAUGACUUCAAAGUAGUAAAGGUAUUGAAGAAAAAUGAUGAAUCGACAAAUGAUUUUGCGCCAACUGAUCCAGGAAACAGUCCUGGGAUAGGACAUCCACCACGACUCAGUGAUGACUUCAAAGUAGUAAAGGUAUUGAAGAAAAAUGAUGAAUCGACAAAUGAUUUUGCGCCAACUGAUCCAGGAAACAGUCCUGGUAUAGGACAUCCACCACGACUCAGUGAGGACUUCAAAGGAGUAAAGGUAUUGAAGAAAAAUAAUGAAUCGACAAAUGAUUUUGCGCCAACUGAUCCAGGAAACAGUCCUGGGAUAGGACAUCCACCACGACUCAGUGAGGACUUCAAAGUAGUAAAGGUAUUGAAGAAAAAUGAUGAAUCGACAAAUGAUUUUGCGCCAACUGAUCCAGGAAACAGUCCUGGUAUAGGACAUCCACCACGACUCAGUGAUGACUUCAAAGUAGUAAAGGUAUUGAAGAAAAAUGAUGAAUCGAUAAAUGAUUUUGCGCCAACUGAUCCAAGAAACAGUCCUGGUAUAGGACAUCCACCACGACUCAGUGAGGACUUCAAAGUAGUAAGGAGAUUGAAGAAUGAUGAAUUGACCAAAGAUUUUCGCCAACUGAUCCUAUCAAAUAUUCAUUAA